AUAUUGAUUCAGCUGGUGCUUGCUUAAAUAUAUUAACACAAGACAGUACACCGGUCUGCCUAUCAGUCUGCAUAUGCCGAAUUUAGUUGACGAUUAAAGGAGUUUUGCUGUUCAGGUUUUUAUUUAACGAGUUUUUUUAACGCUUGUAACUGUGAUCUACCAAAAUGGACGGUGACGUUGCUGCUUUGGUCGUUGACAAUGGAUCCGGUAUGUGCAAAGCCGGCUUUGCCGGUGACGAUGCACCCCGCUCAGUCUUCCCGUCCAUCGUGGGACGCCCCCGCCAUGCUAACAUCAUGGUCGGUAUGGGCAACAAGGACACUUAUGUCGGUGAUGAGGCUCAGAGCAAGCGUGGCAUCCUGACCCUGCGCUACCCCAUCGAGCACGGCAUCGUGACGAACUGGGACGACAUGGAGAAGAUCUGGCAUCACACCUUCUACAACGAACUGCGCAUUGCCCCCGAGGAACACCCCGUCCUCCUCACCGAGGCCCCGCUGAACCCCAAGGGCAACCGCGAGAAGAUGACGCAGAUCAUGUUCGAGACCUUCAACGUCCCGGCCAUGUACGUCGCCAUCCAGGCCGUGCUGUCCCUGUACGCGUCCGGUCGUACCACCGGUAUCGUCAUGGAUUCCGGUGACGGUGUCAGCCACUGUGUGCCCAUCUAUGAAGGCUAUGCCCUGCCCCAUGCCAUUCUCCGUCUGGAUUUGGCUGGACGUGAUUUGACCGACUAUCUCAUGACCAUCCUGACCGAGCGAGGUUACAGCUUCGUCACCACCGCCGAACGUGAAAUCGUUCGUGACAUCAAGGAGAAACUCUGCUAUGUUGCCCUGGAUUUCGACCAAGAGAUGGCUGCUGCUGCUGCCUCCUCUUCCUUGGAAAAGAGCUACGAAUUACCCGACGGACAAGUCAUCACCAUCGGCAACGAGCGAUUCCGCUGCCCGGAGGCCUUGUUCCAGCCUAGCUUUAUUGGUAUGGAAGCUGUCGGCAUUCACGAAACCACCUACAACUCCAUCAUGAAGUGCGAUAUCGAUAUCCGUAAAGACCUGUACAGCAACAUUGUUCUGUCAGGCGGUACGACCAUGUACCCGGGUAUUGCUGAUCGUAUGCAGCGUGAAAUCACCGCACUGGCGCCCCAGACCAUGAAGAUUAAGAUUAUCGCGCCGCCGGAACGCAAAUACUCCGUUUGGAUCGGUGGCUCCAUUUUGGCUUCGUUAUCUACCUUCCAGCAAAUGUGGAUCAGCAAAGCCGAAUAUGAUGAGUCCGGCCCGUCGAUUGUGCACCGCAAGUGCUUCUAAAUCAAACACCUUCUGAUUACUGUGUAGAUUCGUAUACGUAGAACGUGCCGAUAGUGUUAUGUCAACGUGGUGAUGUGUGCCCCCGCGGCAAAGUUCGCUGUUGUUGAGAGUGCUAUCUAGUCUUUACCCCAGUACGGUUUCCAUUGGGGACAAAACUGGUAACUGAGACGACGACUUGUGUACAGGGUUAUCGUGUCUUUUAUUCUUCGGAAGAUAGGCAACAUGGCAAUAAAACAAUAUUGUAAUUG